CAAACACAUUUUAUUUAUCUUGCAAAAGAUAUUUGCCUCAAUAUCAUCAAUAUGAAGCCUAUAUGAUUCGAUCUGCGUUUUAUAAUAGAAGAUAUGUGUUUUAUCCGCAUUUUUUUAUUUCUAAACAACAUUUUUCAACUUUAUUUUUUUCUACUAAGUCUACUGCAAAUUUAUCUCAUUUUUCUGAAACAGCUACAGAUGUGGUUUCAGAUAAUAUAGGAUUGGAAAAUGAAGUACCGUCUGAAAUAAUUCUUCAUAAGAUUGGUGAUCUUAAAGCGAUGGGAUUUUGUCAUUGGACUCCUGUAGGAUUUUUGCAACAGUGUUUGGAAUAUAUUCAUGUAUUUACUGGACUUCCAUGGUGGGCAAGCAUAGCUGCAUUAACGAUCGUAAUACGUUUCUCUAUGAUGCCUCUUUUGAUUGGAAUGAUUCGGAAUUUAAGUGCACUUUCGCUUAUUCAUCCACAGGUUCAAGAACAUAUGAAAGCACUUAAAGAGGCGCAAUUGGAAGGAGAUAUGCUUGAACAAGCUAAACGGACUCGUUCUAUUCAAGAAUUGUUUAAAGAGUAUCAAGUAAACCCUUUAAAGUCACUUGCUAUGCCAUUCAUACAAAUACCAGUUUUUAUUAGUUUUUAUCUUGCAUGUUCUCAUAUGGCUGCAUUACCCGUUCCUGAACUAAAAUAUGGAGGACUUGGAUGGUUUAGUGAUUUGACUGUUAAAGACUCAUAUUUUAUUCUUCCUUUUUUAAAUUCAUCUCUCAUGUUUAUUAAUUUAGAGCUUGGUUCUGAGGUUGGGUCUAGUGCAUCAGCUAAUACUAGUAGAAAAAUGAAGAAUUUUUUUCGUGCGAUGAUUCUUUUAACACCUCUUUUUACUAUGAAUUUUCAAUCGGCUAUUUUUUGUUACUGGAUUACUUCAAACAUCUUUUCAUUGGGGCAAGGCAUGGUACUUCGUAGUCCAGCAAUUAGACGCUCUUUAAAUCUUCCUCCUCUUAGGCCCAAGGUCAAACUUGAACAGCUUUCUGAUGGUUCUGCAAAUUCCGAAGGAUUUAAAUCAAGUUUUACGACUAUAGUAGAAGGUGUUAAAAAUGCACAUCGCCAAGCUAUAGAGGUAGCCCAAAGCAAAAGUAAGAAAUCAAAUGGAUUACAUAAAAACGAUUAUCUUCGUCCAGUUGAUAAAACACUUGAAGCAUAUAUGUUAAGAAAAAAAGAGAAAUAUAAGGCAAAGCAGAAUGAAGCAUCCUAAAUCCUUUAUCUGAAAUGCUAUCGAGAUGUUUUUUGGAAAUAUUUCAUAAAGACAUUUUACUAAGGUA